AUGGAGGGUCACGGAGGAGGGACUAGAGGGGAAGCGGAGCGGUGGCUAUACACGGCGAAUAAGGUAUUAAGCGCACGUGACCUACACGGGGCACGCUCAUUUGCGAUCCGGGCCCGAGAGUCGGACCCGAGAUACGAGCCCACGGAGCUUCUUUUGACGGUUAUCGAUACUCUUAUGGCCGGCGAGGCCCGGAUCAACGACAAUCUCGACUGGUACGCCAUCCUCCAAGUGCUCCGUUACACUCAGAACAUUGACUACAUCGCCGCCCAGUACCGCCGCCUCGCCACCCAGCUCGACCCUCAUCACAACCCCUUCGCCUUCGCCGCUCACGCCUUCACGCUCGUCAACGACGCCUGGUCCGUACUCUCCAACGCCACCAAGAAAGCCUUUUACGACAACCAACUCAGACUCCUCACUCAACCCCCUCCUCCGCCUCCUCCCCCGCCGCCGCACACGCAACCUCCAGCGCCUCCGGUUACCUUUUUCCCGAUUCAACCGCCGCAACCGAACCUAAACCCGACCCCGACCCCGACCCCGUACCAAAUCCCUCAGCGGGAACAAAGCCCUCUGCCUAGGGUAGAUAUGGAGGCGCCGAGUCCAGAGGACAAUGCGAGCGAGUGGACUCAAGGGAGUGAGACCGGGAACGAAGGGGCAAGUUUCUGGACCGCGUGCCCUUAUUGUUACGUUAUGUACGAGUAUCCGAAGGUUUACGUGGAUUGUACGCUGCGGUGUCAGAGUUGUCGGAGGGGGUUUCAUGCGGUGGUGGUACGGUCGCCGCCGAAAGAUGGCUUUGGUUCGUUUUGCAGUUGGGGUUUUAUCCCUGUGGGGUUUUCUGGGGAUUUUAGAGACAUUAACGGUUCUUCCUCCAAGUGGAACCCUUUUUCCCCUUUGUUUCCUUGCGCUUUCAAAGGGGGGGAGGAGAGUAGGAGGCACCGAAAGGGGUCGUAUGUUUUCUACGAUGAUGAUGCGUCUGCGGAGUUCGCGGAGGACUCCGACACGACGGAGGAUGAUUCCGAUGAUGAUUGGCGUGGCGAGAGUCGGAAGGGGAUGGUGACGGUGAGGAAGAAAAGGAGGAGAAAGAGUGGGAAGAAGAGAAGCAAUGGUGGUGGUGGUGAUGUUAUGAGUGAACCGAUUGAGCGGCCUAGGAGAGGGAUUCAUAAUCAUAAUGAUGAUGUUAGUAAUGGGAUUGUGGAGAAUGGUGAGGCUGCGGAUGAUGAUGCUGUUGUGGCGUUGCCAGAAUCUAGUAAGAAGGCUCCGUUGGGUGGUUCGAGGAGGAGGAGUGAGAGGAACUUGGGGAAGUUGGAUUUGAAUGUGGAGUUCAGCAAUGAGGUGGAGGAGACUGUGCAUGGAGUGGAUGAGGGGAAUGAAAACGGAGAUGGGAAUGAGAAUGUGAAUGCUGAGGAUAAUAUUGAAGGGAUUGGUUUUUUUGAGGGGCUGGACGAGUUCCUUAGUAGCUUGCCCAUUCUCAAUGUUGUUGCAGAUGACAAGGUUAAGGAUCAUUAG